ACUUAAAGAAAUAAGAUAAAAUUUCCUCAUAUGGGAAAUCUCAAUAGAGCUAUUGCAUUCUAUCCAUCUUAAGUAAGAAUCUAGAUGAUUUCAUACGCUUUUUACCUAUGGUCCAUACAUGUUGAUCAUAAAGAUCCCUCUUGGAAAGGAGCUUACAAUUCAAAUGGGUGAUUCAUGACAUGAGGCAAAAUGCAAAUUACCCAACUACUUUUUUCACACUAACUGAAGCAAAAUAUAUGACUGCGUUCAAUCAGCAAUAUUUAGCCUUCAUGUAAAGUAAAGCUGCACUUGGGACAUCCAAAAUCAUUCUCGUGUCAUCUUACCACCAUAAACUGCAUAUUUUAACCAUUUGCAGCAUAUAAGAAGGCACCAUCGUUUGUGAUGCUGAGAAAGGAGUUGGAAAAGAUUAAGAUCUGAGGGGAGAUGAAUUUAUAGAAGGUGUUGCUGGUGUUGCGAAAGCAGCAACUGCCUGUAGACUGGGAAAGUUCAAUGCAAUCAGAAGGUUGCAGCUGAAGGUAAACCAGAACUCAGAAGAUGCAUACAUCACAAGGUAAAAAGGAAAAACUGAACAUAAUGUAAGCUAAAAUGGAAACGGCCAAUGCUCGAUUUAGACAUCUUAGAAGGAAAAUGAUCAGAAUGAAAAGGUUACUUGCUCUCAAGGGUUAACGAAGUAGUAGGGUGCAUGAUUAUGUCAUAGCAGCCAAGCAUGAACUUCAAUAUAAGCCUUACAUCUUAUAGACAUGAUCGUAUUAACAUUGUUAAGAAGGAUGUCAGAUUGCAACAACAGCGAAAUUCAAUGUGCAAUGCUGUAGUGAUUUGGAUUGUACAACACAAUGAUGAGAAAGGUAGAGAAGCAAUGGAAAUGAUAAUUAACGAAAAUUGUGGGCAGGCAAACCAUGAACUUGGCACUUCUAGGAGUUGUAGGGUUUGUGUAUCUACUGUAGUUUCUUUGGAAACUGCACAAAACCUGGAAAGAAUCAACAGAUACUAAAUCCAAAUAUUUUUUCCAUUCCAGAAUGAGUACAUCAUAUAAUAAACAAAUUACCACCACUUGAGAUGCUCAUAUGUCAUGUUGAUGAGAUUAAUGUCUAGACUCCUUGGUUCAACCUCAUGAGAGCACAUUGACAGUUUGUAUGUCUUUCUCUGCUGUUUCUACCCUGUAAAAUUCACUAAUUCAGAAACCACAAAGACAUGAAAAAAAUAAAAUAAAACUAAACCAAGAACUUGAAGGGAGAGGUAUAGUAGCUGGAAACUAAACUCAUGAGGAUUGAGAACUUGCUGGUCUCCUACAAUACCAAGAACUGAAAAUUAAUGAACACCUGCAGAGUCCACAACCAAAGGAAAUGAGAGUGAAAAAUUGAAACACAAUUCACAAAAGAAAACACACCCAAAACUCCACAAACGACUCACACUUGGAAAUCCCAUUCGAGAACAAACCCCUUAAACAACAAUCAAAUGGAUGAUUUUUUUGGGAAAUGACCUGACAGUAACACAACACAACAAAAACAGAAGGAAAACUUGAGACUUUUUUGGCUAAUUAAAAGCAGCGAAAGCGAGUAGAAGGUUAUUCCAAACCAGACUAAACCUGAAUCGAAAACUUCCAAACACGUUGAAUCAAUUGUCUUUUAUGGCGCUCCCAUCCUGUCGUCAAACCAAGUCAACGGCGGCAGGUCCGACACCGCUUUUGUCCUGUUCUAUGUGUGGUACUGUAGGAAGCAUUAACGAUUGCAAGGAGAGAGACCUAGUAGUAUGGUAAAGUUGAGAGAGGAGAGCAAAGAGGGAAAGUCAUGCAAUGUAAGAGGGGAGAUCUUCAAGGUUGAGAUUUCGCCAAUUCUGGCAGAGGUUCCUGAGCCACCGCCGAUUGCGGUUCCGGCCAAAUCGAAUGCAACGGGGCCGGCGCCAGCCCCCUGCCACUUUAGCCGAGUUCACUCUCGGAUCCGGUUCCCAGGAUUUCUACGACAUCAGCCUUGUCGACGCCUACAACCUGCAGAUGAUUGUGGAGGCCAGCAACGGCUCCGGCGACUGCUCAUCCACAGGGUGCAUCAUCGAAUUGAACCGGAAGUACCCAGCGGAGCUGAGAUCGGAGGACGGCGCUGCCUGACGGAGCGCUUGCGAUGCAUUUGGGAACCCAGAGUAUUGCUGCAGGGGAACGUACAAUUCGCCGGCAACGUGCAAGCCGUCGGUGUUCAAGAGCGCCUGCCCUAAAUCAUACAGCUACGCCUACGAUGACGCCACAAGUACAUUCACUUGUACCGCAGCCGAUUACACCGUCACAUUUUGCCCCACCCUCCCCAGGUAAUAAUAAUUAGUUAAUUCUCAACUCCAAUUCUUAAUAAGAAGAAUUAAAAUAAUUUAUGAACAUCUCGAUUGGAAUGAGAAAGUUUUUGGGAUUUCUUAGAUUACGUAUGUUGUGGAAUGGAAACAGUCUGAAGUCGUCAAGAGAUUUGCCACCACCACCGCCAAAGGGUCCGGCAGCAACAACAUGGGAGGAGGAGGCCUGGUAGGGUUCUGGUACUUUUGCGGCGUUGGUCUCGGCUUCGGAGGGUUUAUCCGAGCGGGAACGACAGCAACCACCGCCGUUUGUGGCCAAGAAUGCGGCGGCUGUUCGUUUUUAAUUUUAAUAAUUUAUAAUUUUAUUU